CGAACCAGCUCCCUCUGCAGCAGAGGUCCGAGGGUUAUUUAAUUCUGGCUCCUGACGCCCUGCGCACGUACCUGCCUCCUCUCCGAGGGUUCAGGGGCACUGACCCACAGCGUCCCACUGAGAUGGGGUGCCACUCCAGCAAGGGCACCGAGGUGGUGCCUGAGCCCCAGAAGUCUGGAGAACAGUCCAAGGGAGAAGAACCGAGCGUGGAGCCUGGCGCCGAGGCAGCGGAUGCCAAGGUCACCCCCCUGGAGGAUGGACACCCCGAACCCCAGAGCUGAGCUGCUUUACUCCAAAGUCGGACCUGGCCUCGAUUCUGGAGCCGCUUUGGCCUCUGAAACAGGAGACAACCCAACAUUCUGAGAAGCUGCGCGCAGAGGGAGGAGAGCGAAAAGUCCCCCUUGCUUGGGAUCCAGGCUUCAGAACUGGGCUUUUCCUGCUGGGGUGGAGCGGGGUGUGGAGGGAGUGGGACGAUCACAGGAACCUACUCCCCAGCCUCCCGCAGAGGACAAAAGAAGUCUUCGGCUUCUGAAAACGAACAGGCCUGGCUGUAGACUCCUGUGGUCCAGUGACACUCUGCCCUUGGGCUGUGACAGUCCAGUGCCCCCCACCCCCGUCCCCCAACCUGGUGCACUCUCCGGAACUCUGGAGACUCUGUGGUCAUAACAUUGAUUGCGGUGUGUGGGUCUCAA